AUGCCUGGUAAAAUCGAGAAUGGCACCCCCAAAGAUCUCAAGUCUGAAGAUGACUUGGUUUCAGCAGCAAAGUCGCUACUGGACCGCGCCUUCAAGAGCCAUCAUGGCUAUUACGGUCUUUGUUCUACUAGCUGCCAGGUGUAUGACACCGCCUGGGUGGCCAUGAUACCCAAGACAACAGACAAUGUUAAGCAUUGGCUGUUUCCCGAGUGCUUUCACUAUCUACUCAAGACUCAGGCUGCUGAUGGCAGUUGGGGUUGUCUUCCGUCAACCCAGACUGCUGGCAUUCUAGGCACUGCUUCGGCUGUGCUUGCACUCAUUUCUCAUGUACGAGAGCCUUUGCAGAUACUAGACGUAUCCCCAGACGAGCUGAGUCUCAGGGUCAAGCAAGGAGUUGCUUCUCUGAAGAGACAGCUAACUGUCUGGAACGAUGUUGAGGAGACCAAUCAUAUUGGUGUCGAGCUGAUCGUCCCAGCUUUACUUGACAUGCUUGAGAAAGAGCUCGGCGAGUCAGCCUUCACGUUCCCUUGCAGAGAUGUCUUAGACAGGAUGCAUGAAGAGAAGCUCAGCCACUUUGACUCGGAGAAGGUUUAUGGCAAGCCGUCUUCAGUACUUCAUUCUCUUGAAGCCUUUCUUGGGAAGCUGGACUUUGAUCGUCUCUCCCACCAUCUUUACCGUGGCUCUAUGAUGGCCUCACCUUCUUCCACGGCUGCCUACCUCAUUGGUGCAAGCAAGUGGGACGACGAGGCUGAAGAUUACCUGAGACAUGUCAUGAGGAAUGGUGCUGGCCAUGGAGAUGGUGGUAUCUCGGGGACCUUUCCAACGACGCAUUUCGAAUGCAGCUGGGGUGGCUUCACUGUCAAGCACAUCGAUGGUGAUGGCUUGCGCGGCUUAUCAACUAUACUUGUCAAUGCGUUGAGGGACGAGAAAGGGGUGAUUGGCUUUGCACCCCAUACAGCUGAUGUCGAUGACACGGCAAAAGCGCUUCUGGCAUUGAGGCUCGUCGAUCAACAUGCUAGCCCAGAUAUCAUGAUCAAGGUCUUUGAGGGGAAAAGCCACUUCACCACAUUUGGGUUGGAACGCGAUCCCAGCUUGACUUCCAACCUCCACGUGUUGCUAAGUCUCCUGAAGCAGCCCAACUUAUCCAAAUAUUAUCCCCAAAUCUUGAAGACCACCUUGUUUAUCUGCCAAUGGUGGUGGGACAGCGACCAUCACGUCAAAGACAAAUGGAAUUUGAGUUACCUUUAUCCUACUAUGCUUCUGGUGGAAGCUUUCACGGAGGUACUUCAUCUCAUCGAUGACGGCAACCUUUCUGGUGUUCUUGACGAUGACCUCGGGUGCAAGAUUGGCCUGUCAGUCUUCCAGGCUGUCAUACGUAUCGUCCUCAAUCAAGACGAUGAUGGAUCUUGGAAAGGAUACCGUGAGCAAACAUGCUACGCCAUUCUGGCUCUUGCACAGGCACGCCAGAUCUGCUUCUUCACUCAUAUGGAGCAUAUUAUACAAAAUUGCAUCGACCGCGGCGUUUCGUGGCUCAAGACGAGCAAUUUUCGUUCUCAGGACCUUACUUGGACGUCAAAGACGGCAUACGAAGUUGGAUUCGUUGCUGAAGCGUACAAGCUAGCAGCCCUGAAGUCAGCAAGCUUGGAGGUACCCGCCGCUACUGUCGGUCAUAGCCUCACCUCAGCAGUACCUUCAUCUGAUUUGGAGCGAUACAUGCGGCUUGUACGUAAGACUGCUUUGUUUUCGUCGCUGGAUGAGUGGGAAGUCAGAGCGUCGAUCAUUGAGUCUUCGUUCUUCGUGCCCCUUUUACGAACCCAGCGCGUUGAAAUCUACCCGAGGGACAAGAUGAAGGUCGAUGACGACAAAUAUCUAAGCAUUAUUCCUUUCACUUGGAUCGGAUGCAACAACAGAAGUCGCACCUUUGCAUCUAACAGGUGGCUCUAUGACAUGAUGUACCUGUCUCUUCUGGGCUAUCAGACCGAUGAGUACAUGGAAGCUGUCGCUGGGCCGGCCUUCGGUAAUAUCUCUCUUCUUCAUCAGACGAUCGACAAGAUCAUAGACAACACCAGCGUGAACUCUGCCGGGACCAAUGGGACCGCGCGCAAUGGAAAUGGUCAUCAGCACAAGCCAACAAGCAUUAUUCAAGUUGAGGAUACUCUCACUCGUUUCAUCAACAGCGUCCUCAACCAUAAAGAUGUUCUGAGAUCAAGCUCUUUCGAUCAAGACACUCUUCGCCAGGAGCUCAAAACAUUCAUGCACGCCCAUGCCACACAGGUAGAGGACAACAGUCGCUUCUCACAACAGGCCUCUAGCGACGUUUUCUCUUCCUCAGAGCAGUCAUACUUCCAGUGGGUGAACAGCACAGGAGGCAGCCACGUCGCUUGUGCAUACUCAUUCGCCUUCUCAAACUGCCUAGUGUCAGCGAGUCUGCUCCAAGGCAGAGACGCAUUUCCCUCCGUCACUCAGAAGUAUCUUAUCUCCUCUAUCAUGCGCCACGCUACAAACAUGUGUCGUAUUUACAACGACUUUGGCUCUAAAGCUCGCGACGAUGCAGAGCGGAAUGUCAACUCUAUGCACUUCCCUGAGUUUGGGGUGUGCAAAGGAACGUCACAGAGUCUUGAAGACAGAAAGAAGAGGCUUUCGGAGAUAGCUAGGUAUGAGCAGGGUUGUCUUGACCGUGCUUUGGAAGCUCUGGAGAAGCAGUCUUGGGAUGAUGUAGGAGAUUGUGCUGGUUCUGCGGAGGGGAGAAAGCUUAAGAUUAUGAAGCUAUUCUGUGAUGUUACGGAUUUGUAUGAUCAGCUUUAUGUGAUCAAGGACCUUUCAAGCAGCAUGAAGUGA